AUGAACCUCGAGGAUGAGCCCAGGUCAGGCUGCCCAUCUGAAAUUGACGACGAGCAGUUGCAGCACACAGUGGAAGCCGAUCCGAGGCAAAGUACCCGUGACUUUGUGACAGCACUUGGCUGCGCCCAGUCCACGAUCGUGAUGCACCUGGCUGCAAUUGGCAAGAAGAGCAAGUUGGGUCAGUGGCUACCCCACGAUCCAACCGACUGCAACCAUGAACACCGUGCUGAGCCCUGUCAAGAGAUGGACAUUUUUGGAGAGAUGGAAAGUUUCUCAUCUGUGGAAGAAGUCCCUGUCCAUCAAGUUGCAUUGAUCUUCAUCAGAGUGGUAGAGGCAGGCCAGUACUGCACAUUUCUGAUUCAUGGGGAUGGUACUGUUUCUGCAUGUGGAAAGGGAAGUUAUGGUCGUCUUGGUCUUGGAGAUUCACACAAUCAGGCUGUUCCUAAAGCACUGACAUUUGAGCUCCCAAAUCCUGGGUCUGCACUCUUAGCUGUUCGCAUCAUCAAAGUGUCUUCAUCUAAAGGAUCUGAUGGUCACACCCUAGCUCUUACCUCUGAUGGACAAGUCUUCAGCUGGGGUGAUGGUGACUAUGGGAAACUGGGGCAUGGGAAUGGUAUCACUCAAAAAUAUCCAAAAUUAUUGGAAGGACCAUUGAAGGGGAAAAUGGUAACUGGAAUCUCUGCUGGUUAUCGACACAGUGCCUGUGUCACUGCUGAUGGUGAUCUGUAUACUUGGGGUGAAGGGGACUAUGGGAGACUUGGACUGGGUGAUAACUCAACUCGAACUCUUCCAACGCUGGUGAAUGAACUUUCUGGAGGUGCUGGGCAAGUAUUUUGUGGCAGUGCACACACAUUUGUAUUGAGCCAAGAUGGGUGCUGUGUUUGGGCAUUUGGAAGUGGCGAGCAUGGACGAUUAGGCUUUGGGCAGACAUCUUGUAUGAGAGUCCGUCAACCUCGACUCAUUGAUGCUCUUCAGGGUCUGGGAAUUCAAAAGCUGGCCUGUGCAGCCCAGGCUACCCUUGCCAUCACAUCUGCAGGUCAAGUACUGUCAUGGGGAAGUGGACCUUGUCUAGGUGCUGGGUGUCCUGAAGUUACUUGGCUUCAGCCAACUCCCAUUUCAAGCUUGACACCUUUGACCAUUGUUGACAUCUGCUGUGGUGAUUCACACUGUCUUGCUCUCACCAGAGACUCCCAGGUGUAUGCUUGGGGGAACAAUUCUAUGGGCCAAUGUGGACUUGGCCACUCUUCCUCUCCUGUGUGUAUCCCUGCAAAAGUUGGAGGACUGGAAGGUGUCCCUAUUCAUCAAAUCUCUGCUGGCACCUCUCACAGCAUUGCUUGGACAACUGUUCCUUUGGAUAGACAAGUUGUUUCAUGGCAAAGAGCCUUCAGCAUUGAUCUUCAUUCUCAGACGUUCUCCACCCUUUAUAAGUUUCUGGAGACUUUUGCUGCCAACUUGGAACAACAUCCUCUGAAUAUGCAAAACCUAAUAGACAAGUGUGUUGAACCUCAAAUCCAAGAAGAAGUGAGGCAUGUGAUUCAGGAUGGAGCUUCAUUCCUUCUUCCCUCAACAGAGGAAUGCGUUGCCAUGGUGCAUUCCAUAUUAUGUGAUGGUAGAAGAGGAGGUCAACUGAAGGUUCUAAGUAGUGGGAAGAGUCUAAUGCUACAGCUUUUGGUUCAAAAGUUGCAAGAACCUCAAGAGGCAUCUGCUGUAUUGUCUCACAUCUGCAAGAACACUCGAUCGGAGAGAAUACCCCCCGAGUCCAAAGAUGCACAUGGAUUUCAUGCAGUAGAUGUGGUUGAGCGUAUGAAAGGCCCAUCAAAGGAGGGUGAUCAACAACCUUACAGUCUCCUCUGCACUCUUCUAACGACUAGCUACUUCAAUCUUACCUUGAAGGUGACAUCCUUUGUUAAAAGAGAAGCAAAUGAGGAUGCAGCUGAGUAUGAGGAUGAGUUGGAAGAUAUCCAUAAAAUGUUGGAGGAUCUCCUUGAUACCCUUUUCUUUCACUUCCUUGCCCAGCUAGUGUCCAAGCAAAAUCCACGCAUGGUGUCAUCUUCAGAAGCUGAUGCCUUUAAGAAGCAUUUGAGUCUAUUGAUCAAAUUCUCAUGUCAAAUGUUUUCCACCUGUGAGACAGCUGUGAAUGUGUUGACUCAAGAUGCAAUAGCUGAGUUAGAGGAACUGACACUCCUUGUCUGUAAAACCAAUACUCUUUGCCAGGCUCUUCGAAGCAAGGGCUUCCUCCAGAGUGGACAGAAGAAUUCAUGUGGCCCUGCUGAAGAAAACCAUUCAUGGGAGUGGUUGGAAGAUAUCCUGCUCUCAGGAAGUCUUCUCUGUGGGAAGACCCAUCAUUUCCUCUUGUCAGGUUCUCAAUCUGAGAAGACGACCAGUAUAGAACCCAUUCAAAAUUCUCCACUUCUCUCAAAUGGCUUGGAUCUUCCUGUGCCUCAGCUUGGU